AUGGCUAGCCAAGGGGUAUCUGCCGUCGUGUUCCGGUGGGAUCAACCUUCGAUCUCUUUACCACACACUCUCACUCUCUUGGUUACCAGUCUUUCAUCACAGGGUUCCCAGUCGCCUUCUUUGUCCAAUUUGACGGACAAUCAUAGGACUCUUCCAGCCACCAACAAUUCGUCUGAAGCCUUUGGUGAUGACGUCUGGUCGCCUAACCCAAAGUCCCCGGCUCUCUCGUUAGUGUCAAUGACUCAAAAGGCGACCGCCUCAGUUGAUGAGGCAAGGCUACAGGACUAUGCCAGAAGAUCGCACUUCCUCUUCACUCUUCACAUCUACCAAUACAGAAUGAAGCCGGCUGGAUCGGAUACUGAAGGUAUACACUGUCUUCCUCAUCUCUUUAUCGCCUCAUUUUCGAGCUAA